AUGGAGGUUAAUCAAUAUGUGCACAAUUAUUUCUUCACAGUGGGUGUGGAUGCAUCCCCAAUAAGCUCCACUACUUCUGGUGUACUGCCAGAUAAUGACGGUGCAGGACAUGUAUUUCUGGUAGAUAAUGGAACAAUUUGUGGGGAAAAUUUUGGGACAGGAGAUGCAAUGGUUAUCUGUCUGAUAUGGGGAUUUAUUCCAGAUUAUCCAUCAUACAGAAAAGUGAAUAUGUCUUCUAGGAUUCUUCUAAAUGAUCCUGAAUGUAAAGGGGACGAAGUCAGCAUCAAUGAAUGUCCGAUGGGAGGACGAAAUUGUUCUUCUGGUGAAUCAGUGUCAGUAAAAUGUAAUGAAGGAAAUACCUUUGCUGGUUUCUCAGUUUAUGUAUCUGACACGGAAGACUUUAAAUCGGGCCAUGCUUGUCACUAUCAUGCAGUAGAGGAAAUACCAAGCAAUACAAUAUCUUUUCCUUGCAUCACUUCGGGUCGUUACGUCACUAUUUUCAACUCAAGGAAUGCGACACAACUUCCAUCCCUGUCAGAGUGGGCAUAUAUCAAUAUUUGCGAAUUAAAUGUUGCAGGUUGUGAUUUUGGCUUUUACGGAGGGGAGUGUUCUAGAUGUCCUGGUAACUGUCUAGACGAUAAUUGUCAUGUCCAGACAGGUCUGUGUUCUGGCUGUAAGGAUGGGUUCACAGGACCAACUUGCACUACAGAAUGUUCAGCUGGACUGUAUGGACCGAAUUGCUCUCUGACUUGUGCACAAUGUCGUGACGGAGAAUCAUGCAACAAUAUAAACGGGGCUUGUCCUAAUGGGUGUUCCGCCGGCUGGAUGGGAGAACAAUGUAAUCUAAGUAAGUCUAGAUUCCAAGUUUAA